CCUCGAUUAACCCAGAUAAACCUAGCGGCUAAGUGUUAUAAUGUCUAAUCCAUAUCAACAGGCCACUCCCAACUCGUAUGAGUUAGACAGCUAUGCUGGCAACAAGUACUCUUCCAACGAAGACGACUUUGUUCAAUUUAUGAAUGAAAUUCAAGACAUCAAUUCUCAAUUAGACAAUUACUCCCACAUAAUUAACCUUAUCAAUAACAAACAACGUAAUUAUUUGCACGAUAUAGAUUUGAACGAUACCGACGAAGACACCCGUGCCUCUGCCCAGAUUGAUAAUUUGGUCAAUGAAGCCCAAUCUUUGCAAUUAGAAUUGAAAUCUCGAAUUAAGAAUGUUCAAACUCAAGCUGUUCAUAGCCGUGAUCAAACCAAGCUUGACCAAGCAGAAACAUGUAGAAAGAGAUUCUUGGAUUUGAUUCAAGAAUAUAGAAUGGUUGAAGCUAACAAUAAGGAAGAAAAUAAACAACAAGCCGAGAGACAAUAUAGAAUUAUUAACCCUAAUGCCACCGACGCUGAAUUGAAGGCUGUGGUUGAAGACGGUAGUGAGCAAUAUUUCCAACAAGCAUUAUUACAAUCAAAUAGAAGAGGUGAGGCCAGAUCAGUGUUGAAUGACGUCCAAACUAGACAUCGUGAGUUGAUCAAGUUAGAAAAGACCAUGGCAGAAUUAACUCAAUUGUUCCAUGAUAUGGAAGAAUUGGUCAUUGAACAAGAUCAACCAAUCCAACAAAUUGAGGAGCAAGUUGCUGCUGCUCAACAUGAUAUUGAACAGGGUGUAGGUCAUACUAAUAAGGCUGUAAAGAGUGCUAAAGCAGCCAGAAAAAAGAAGUUGUGGUGUUUCUUCAUUUGUGUUAUUAUAAUCAUUAUUCUUGCUGUUAUUUUAGGUGCUUAUUUCGGUACUAGAAAUUAAUAGUGCCCUAUGGGGUGUUUUUAAAUCUGUUAUUACCUUUUACGGGCUAAUCGGAUUAUUGACUGUUCUGAAAAAAGGAAUAAUCUUCAUAACUACAAAGAGUUUUUGCAGACCAUAACUUACUUUUUUUUUUUAACUCCAUUUUUGUGUAUGUCAUAUUAUAUAAUAUAUUUCGUUUUGUUUAAUCUUAAUAAACUUUUCAUUGUU